AUGUGUGGAAUUUUGGCAAUUUUCAACAUUAAAGGAACUUAUAUUGAAGUUCGAACUCUCGCUUACAAUUUAUCAAAGAGACAAAGACAUAGAGGUCCUGAUAGAUCUCGUAUCAUAAUAUUGAAAGCAGGCCCAGAUACUUAUCAUAUCCUAGCUCAUGAAAGAUUGAACAUCGUAGAUUUAAGUGAUAGAGGAAGACAACCAUUCUAAUUAGUUGAUGAUUAAAAUGUCUACUACAUGUAAAAUGGAGAGCUCUACAAUUAUUGGUCAAUCAAGCCAGAAUUCGAAAAAAAAUACAAAUUUAGCAGCAAUUCUGAUUCCGAGAUCGUGGGAAUGCUCUAUAAAGAAUAUGGUCCAAAUGAUUUUUGGAAUCACAUGGAUGGAAUGCAUGCUACAAUUGUCUUGGAUAUGAACAACCAGACUUAUUAUGCAGGAAGAGAUCAUAUUGGAAUUAUUCCUUUGUAUUAUGGAUACAACAAAGACGGAGCCUUGUUUUUAUCAUCAGAAUUAAAGGGAAUUCAUGAUUAAGUGGUUGAAGUUAAAUAAUUCCCUCCAGGUCAUUAUAUUGAUCAAACUAAUGAAAUUAAGAAAUGGUACAACCCACUUUGGCAUAAUUUUGAUCAUAUUCCAACAGGAGAAAUCAAUUUUUAGGAAAUGAGAGAUAGAUUUAUUGAUGUUGUAAGAAGAGAAGUUAAAGGAGAUGCACCAUUUGGUCUAUUUAUAUCAGGAGGAGUUGAUUCAUCAAUUGUUGCUGGUAUUGUUGCAAAGUUGAUUAAAAAUGGUGAGAUUGAUUUGAGCAAGAGAGGAAUGAGAAAGGUUCAUUCUUUUUGUAUUGGUUUGGAAGGAUCCCCAGACUUACAUUUUGCAAGGAAAGUAGCUGAAUAUCAUGGAUUUGAACAUCAUUCAUUCACCUAUACAGUUGAGGAGGGUUUAGAUUAUAUACCAGAAGUCAUCUACCACACAGAGACAUUUAAUAACACUACUAUUCGAGCAUCAACACCUAUGUAUAUGAUGUGUAGAAGAAUUAAAGCAUUGGGAAUUAAAAUAUGUUUAACUGGAGAAGGAAGUGAUGAAUUAUUUGGAGGUUAUUUAUAUUUCCACAAAGCUCCAAACAGAGUUGAAUUCCAUUAAGAAUUAAUUAGAAAACUUAAUGAUUUACAUAAAUAUGAUCUCUUAAGAGCUAACAAAGCCUGUUUAGCAUGGGGUAUUGAAACUAGACCACCAUUUAUGAACAAGGCUUGGAUUGAAUAUGUUAUGUCUAUUGAUCCAAAAUACAAAAUGAUCAAUGCCUUCCAACCAUAAAUUGAGAAAUAUAUAUUAAGAAAAGCCUUUGAAGAUCUAGAAAAUCCGUUUGUUCCAUAAGAAAUAUUAUGGAGAUAAAAGGAACAAUUCAGUGAUGGAGUUGGUUACAGUUGGAGAGAUGGACUUAUCGAAAGGGCUAAUCAAUUAGUCUCAGAUUAAGAAUUCGCUCAAGCCUCAACCACUUAUCCCGUAUCAACCCCUAGAGAUAAGGAAUAAUAUUGGUUCAGAUAAGUUUAUUCUUCUGCCUUUCCUAGUGAUAGUUCUGCCUUGACAGUACCAUAUGGCAAGUCUAUAGCUUGCUCUACCGAAAAAGCUUUGGAAUGGGAUGAGGCUUUCAAGAAAAAUACCGAUGAGUCUGGAAGGGCAGUCUUAUCAAUACACAAUGAUGCACUCAAGGAAAUCCUACAAGAAGAAGACAAAAUUACAGAUGAAAGCAUCAAAGUAUAGGAUCACUUUUAACUGUGAUAUUCUAUAAAAAAAUUAGUACAUUAAAUAGUUUGCGAAAUUUUAAUUUUAAUUU